CAGAAACGCAAACGUAGUUGUUACGCAAGCUAACAUUCGGACCUUAUGUUUUCUCCUUAGGUGUUAAGGAACUGAUUUAUUAUAAAGAUAAUAAGGUCCUCACAAACUCUCCAUUCACCAAGACAGCAAAAAAAAAGAUGUCAACAGUUUCACCCUCCUCGCAACUGGUUCAGGUGGUUCCAGACAACCACAACAACACUGACGACUCCUCUGCGGAGGUCAACUACGAAGAUCUUGUCCAGGAAGCAAUGGAGAGCUUGUCCCUCGAGGAAGGCACUGUUGAACUGCAGAUUGGGGAUGUGGGAGACGGAGUCAUUGAUGGGACGACGUCCGAAGGUGGAUACCUGGUGACGAUGAAAUUCGGUUCUCAAGUGCUGAAAGGAGUGCUUUACCAUCAUGCUAAAAGGCCCCAACAAGCCAUGGGAACACCACCUUCAGGCAUGCCACCAGCAUCACAGCGCCGAGCUAAGAAGAAAGCCAGAGAGACUACUCAAGUUGAUUCUAAGAAACCCAAAUUCCGCAGGAGUGGCUACAAACCUAAGAAACAGGUUUAUCAAGACAAAGGAGUUACGGAUGGGGAGAGGUACAGAACUGAGAUCAUGCUGGAGUACGAGUCUGCACAUGAGUCUGAUGGAGCUUCUGCUUCUGCAGCAGCCACCAUGGCUCAGUAGUCUUUUAUUUCUUCUGUUAUGUUGUUGUCUUCUUCUUUCUUUAUUACAUUUCUCUUUCUUCUUUCUUUCUCUGGACAAGUUCUCUUUCUUUUAUAAUGAAUAUUUAUAAUGUCUUUGAUCAGUUUGCAGAACAUGUCAUGUUUAUGGUUGUAGGGUUAGUAAAAGAGGUUACUAACUGCGCAUUUAUGUCUUUCUUGCUAUUUUGAUU